AUGGCCGACCGACUAGCAGACCAAUUGCAAUCCUCCCACCUGAGCGAUGGCGUUCCUCCGCGAAAUGAAGACUGGAAACAAAACCUCAACAUUCCCGCCAAGGAUACCAGACAACAGACGGAGGAUGUUACAAAGACCAAGGGUCUCGAGUUCGAGAACUUUGCCUUGAAACGAGACCUGCUCAUGGGAAUCUUCGAGGCAGGGUUCGAAAAGCCGUCACCCAUCCAGGAAGAAGCCAUCCCGGUAGCAUUAACGGGUCGGGACAUUUUGGCUAGAGCCAAGAACGGCACGGGCAAGACCGCAGCUUUUGUCAUCCCUGCCCUCGAACGCAUCAACCCUAAAAUCUCAAAGAUCCAAUGCCUCAUCCUCGUCCCCACACGCGAGCUGGCGAUGCAGACGUCACAAGUCUGCAAGACGUUGGGCAAGCACCUCGGCGUCAACGUCAUGGUCACAACUGGUGGUACUGGCCUUCGAGAUGACAUUCUCCGUCUUCAGGAGCCCGUCCAUAUCGUGGUCGGCACUCCCGGCAGAAUUCUCGAUCUCGCAGGAAAGAACGUUGCCGAUCUUAGCGAAUGCCCCAUGUUCAUCAUGGACGAGGCCGACAAGCUCCUCUCCGUCGAGUUCACGCCCGUCAUUGAGCAGUUGCUCCAAUUCCACCCCAAGGACCGACAGGUCAUGCUCUUCUCCGCCACCUUCCCCCUCUCGGUCAAGGACUUUUCCGACAAGAACAUGACCAGCCCUUACGAAAUCAACCUCAUGGACGAACUCACCCUGCGGGGUAUCACCCAAUACUACGCCUUUGUCGAAGAAAAGCAGAAGGUCCACUGCUUGAACACGCUCUUCUCCAAGCUGCAGAUCAACCAGUCCAUCAUCUUUUGCAACUCGACCAACCGGGUCGAGCUGCUGGCCAAGAAGAUUACAGAACUCGGCUACUCAUGCUUUUACAGCCAUGCUAGGAUGCAGCAGCAUGCCCGAAAUCGCGUCUUCCACGACUUCCGCAACGGCGUCUGCCGGAAUCUCGUCUGCUCAGAUCUUCUCACCCGAGGCAUUGACAUCCAGGCCGUCAACGUUGUCAUCAACUUUGACUUCCCCAAGAAUGCCGAAACCUAUCUCCACCGAAUCGGUCGGUCUGGUCGAUUUGGUCACCUUGGUCUGGCCAUCAAUCUGAUCAACUGGGACGACCGCUUCAACCUCUACAACAUCGAAAGGGAUCUCGGCACCGAGAUUCAGCCCAUCCCCGCGAGCAUCGACAAGAGCCUCUACGUCUACGAAAACCCUGAAUCGAUUCCUCGGCCCAUCUCCAAUGUUCCCAAGGGUGCUUUGCCUCCAUCGCAGUCGUUCCCGGCCCAGGUCCCCGCCCUAACCCAGACAGCUCAUAAUCAGCAUCAGCAGCCGCAGCAGGCCCAAGGAAACUGGCAGCCUCAGAAUGGUCAGCAGAAUGCUAACUCCCAAUACAACAACGGAAGCCGGGGCCGAGGCGGCCGUGGCCGUGGAUACCGGGGCCGUGGAGGGGGCAACAACAACGCCAGCAACGGUGGUGGUCGAGGCCGUGGCCAGCCACCGCGGGAUCCCCCCUCUUAG